UAGACGGGAAGCUUGAAGGGUCUUCGUCACUGUACAGUCAGCCACUGCACGGGACAGUUAUGUGGAAGGCAACCGGCACGUUCUAAAGGACAACAGAGUAAAGAACAAGAAGGGGGGGCCCUGUAAUAUGCCGACCAUCGCACGCUGAACCCCAUCGCCUGCCUGCCACCCCCGCCCCCCCCCGCGUCGACACCCGCGCACGCCCGGCCCGAACCCCCGCAACCCCCCCCCCGCUACAGACGGAGCAGCGCCUCAGCGCCCCAGCAGCCCGACCGUCGCCCGACACCCCCGACCCCCCCCCCCCGCGCUCCACCCGCCGCCGUCCCGCCGUCGCCAUGGCUCCCGGGCUCCCUGCCUCCCCCUGGUGAGUGGCGCGGCUGUGCGAGGGCGGGAGACAUGUUGGGACAGAGGGCCGGGGACCGCACCGACACUAGCAGCUGCCGUAACCAUGGAAACCACACUGAGGACUUUGGCCAGCGUUGUCAUCAUCGCCAUGGUUGCCACCGGGGUCGCCGAAAGUCUGACUGCUGAGGAGGCCUCUCAGUCGCAAGCUGACUUCCUGUCCAGCCUGGACCAGUACGACAUCGCCAUCCCGGUGCGCGUGGGCCCGGAGGGCGAGGCCCUGGGCGCGGGCGGGGAGGGGUCCCGCGGUGGGGCAGGGGGGCGGAGGAGGCGCCGUAGCCCGGACGACCCGGCGGGGGACACGCAGCUCUACUACCAGCUCGCCACGCCGAGCGCCAACUUCCUGCUGAACCUGACGCUGCACCGGGGCCUGCUGUCCGAGCGCUUCCGCGUGGAGUACUGGAGGAGGGGCCGGCUGGCCUGGAGCCACCCCUACGCCCCUCAGUGCCACUACGUGGGCCACCUGCAGCACCUCGCCCAGUCCAGCAACGUGGCCCUCAGCAACUGCAACGGCCUGCAGGGGGUGAUAGUGUCCGGGGACGAGGAGUUCUUCAUCGAGCCCCUGGCUCCUGCUGACAACCUGACCAGCGCGGCUGAGAGGGAGGGGCGCCCCCAUGUGGUCUACAAGAGAUCUUCCCUCAGGCACCAGUACAUGGACCAGUCCUGUGGAGUCAUCGACGAGAAGCCGAGCAAGGGCGUGGCCUGGUGGCAUCGCACGCUGAAGACUCCGCCCAAUCAGAUGGGGCGUGGGCAGCUGCCCCUCAAGCGCUCGGUCAGUCAGGAGCGCUUCGUGGAGACGCUGGUGGUGGCCGAUAAGAUGAUGGUGGGCUACCACGGGCGCCGCGACAUCGAGCAGUACCUCCUCGCCGUCAUGAAUAUUGUUGCCAAACUGUUCCUGGAUUCUAGCCUGGGGAAUCCGGUGAACAUCGUGGUGACCCGCCUCAUCCUGCUCACCGAAGACCAGCCGACGUUGGAGAUAAAUCACCAUGCGGGCAAAUCCCUGGACAGCUUCUGCAAGUGGCAAAAAUCUAUACAGAACCGCGACGGCAAUGGCAAUGCUAUCCCUGACAACGGCAUCGCCCACCACGACACUGCGGUGCUUAUGACGAGGUAUGACAUCUGCAUCUACAAGAACAAGCCAUGUGGAACUCUAGGUCUGGCUCCUGUAGGGGGGAUGUGUGAGCCUGAGAGGAGCUGCAGUAUUAAUGAAGACAUCGGCCUGGCGACCGCCUUCACCAUCGCCCACGAGAUCGGACACACGUUUGGGAUGAACCACGACGGGGUGGGGAACGCGUGCGGCGUCCGGAGCCAGGACACCGCCAAGCUGAUGGCGGCUCACAUCACCAUGAAGACCAAUCCGUUCGUCUGGUCCGCCUGCAGCCGCGACUACAUCACCAACUUCCUGGAUUCUGGUCUGGGCUCAUGUCUGAACAACGUGCCCCCGAAGCUGGACUUUGUGUACCCCACCACGGCACCUGGCCAGGCCUACAACGCGGACGAGCAGUGCCGUUUCCAGUACGGGGUGAAGUCACGCCAGUGUAAAUACGGGGAGGUCUGCAGCGAGCUCUGGUGCAUGAGCAAAAGCAACCGCUGCAUCACCAGCAGCAUCCCCGCAGCGGAAGGAACCAUCUGUCAGACCAACACCAUAGACAGAGGAUGGUGCUACAAGAGGGUGUGUGUGGCGUUCGGAACCCGGCCGGAGGGUGUGGACGGAGGGUGGGGUCUGUGGUCGCCGUGGGAGGAGUGCAGCCGCACCUGUGGGGGAGGGGUCUCCUCCUCCAUCCGGUUCUGUGACAGCCCCAGGCCAACGAUCGGUGGAAAAUAUUGUCUGGGAGAGAGAAAGCGUUUCAGAUCCUGCAACAUUGACGAGUGCCCUGUUGGCGGUCAGGACUUCCGGGAGAUUCAGUGCUCGGACUUCGACAGCGUGCCUUUCCGCGGGAAGUUCUACACCUGGAAGCCCUACAGGGGGGGGGGGGUGAAGUCCUGCUCCUUGAACUGCCUGGCGGAAGGAUACAACUUCUACACAGAGCGCGCUCCGGCUGUGGUGGACGGCACUCCUUGCCGAGACGAUUCUCUGGACGUCUGUGUCAAUGGAGAGUGCAAGCACGUGGGCUGUGACCGGAUCCUGGGCUCGGACGUGCGGGAGGACCGCUGCCGGAUCUGCGGGGGCGACGGGAGCGGCUGUGAGGUCAUCGAGGGCGUCUUCAACGACUCCCUGCCCGAAGGAGGUUAUGAAGAAGUGGUCAGGAUCCCAAAAGGAUCAGUUUUCAUACACAUCCAGGAGCUCAAUGUCUCUCUCAACUAUCUGGUGCUAAAGGGCAAAGGGGACCUGUACUUCAUCAACGGGAAGCUGACCAUCGACACGCCCCGCAGGUUCGACAUCGCCGGGGCGACCUUCCACUACCGCCGGCCCGCGGACGAACCCGAGACUCUGGAGGCCCUGGGGCCCACCAACAUCACCCUCAUCGUCAUGGUCCUGGUGAGGGAGGAGAACCCAGGGAUCAACUACCGCUUCAACCCCCCCAUCAACCGCAACACGCUGAGCGGCUACGUCUGGCAGUACGCCCCCUGGUCCCGCUGCUCGGCCCUGUGUGCUGGAGGGGCUCAGAUCCAGCAGGUGGUGUGUAAGAAGCAGGCCGAUCACUCUGUGGUUUACAACCACUUCUGCGAUAAGAGGGGCAAGCCCAAGGACAAGAAGAGGGCCUGCAACUCCGAGCCUUGUGCCCCAAGUUGGUAUGUGGGUAACUGGUCUGAGUGCAGUCGCAGUUGUAACGGGGGCCUUCGCACUCGAGAGGUCCUGUGCAAGAGGAAGAUCUCCCCCACCGAGGAGAAGGUCCUGGAUGACAUCGCCUGCACCACCCCGCGACCCCCCCUCACUGACCCCUGCAACAAUCACACCUGCCCCCCCGAGUGGCUGGCUUUGGACUGGUCCGAGUGUUCCCCUUCCUGUGGCCCAGGCUACAGGCACCGUGUUGUCCUGUGUAAGAGUGGAGACAGUGGGGACACUCUGCCGGAGUCUAACUGUCCGAAGCAGAGCCGCCCCACCACCAGGGUGCGCUGUAACCUGCAGCGCUGCCCCCCACCACAGUGGGUGACUGGGCCCUGGGGAGAGUGCUCCUCUAGGUGUGGUCUGGGACAGGAGAAGCGUUCGGUGCAGUGUCUCUCGCGCAGCGGUCAGCCGUCCAGCGAGUGCAUGGAGUCCCAGCGCCCCGCCGCCAUGCAGCAGUGCCAGAGCAAGUGUGACAUCAUCGGACCCACUGACAAUCCCGAAGAAUGCAAAGAUGUGAACACAGUGGCCUACUGCCCCCUGGUGCUCAGGUUCAAGUUCUGCAGCCGGCCGUACUUCAGACAGAUGUGCUGUAAGACCUGCCAGGGGCACUGAGCCUCCGAUCUCCUACUCUUCCUCUUCCUCCUCCUCCUCCUCCUCCUCCUCCUCCUGGCCUUCCGGGCCUGAGGCCGUCCCAGUCGCA